CAUUUUUUAACAACAAAAGCAAAAAAAAAGCAGCAUGCUGCGUCAUUUUGCAACCGGGCGCAUCAUCCUCGUGGUGCGCCGGUUGCACAGUAUAAUUUGCCAUUUUCUAUUGUUUUUGUACUCUUUCCUUAAUUCCUUUCUUUUUCCUUUUUGUUUUUCUCCUUUAUUCUCUUUCUUUUUCCUUUUAUGUUUCUUUCUUCUCUCAUAGAGUCCAAACUCAUCUUCUUCCCACAUGUCUUCAUUUCCAUUUUUGUCUUUUUUUCUUUCGUGCUUUCUCCCUGUCACUCAUCCACUCAUUUCCCUUGUUUCUACAGAUCUUCAUUUCCCAUAUUCUGAACAUUUAAGGAUAGGAGAUUGUGGCUAUAGAGGAUUGGUGUAUGGAGGUACGUAGGGGCGGGAGGGUGGUGGCCAGUGGAUAUGGAGGUAGGGGCAGCGGAGCUAGAUGGUGAGUAUGGAGACCAGGGAGAUGGGAGUGGUAGUCUGGUGGAUGUGGUGAUUGGGGCGAUGCAGGUCGUGGGUAAUGGGUACAGAGGUAGGGGUGGCGGCGCGGCUGAAGUUGUUGUAGCCUUUAGUGGGGAAGUCGAGGUGGCAGAGACAGUGGAUAAGGGGUGUGUGUUAGAUUAUUGGACUUAUACUACAUGUAAUAUUCACAAUAUAUUAUUUAUCGGGUUUAAUUGUAUGUUAUAUGCUAUCUUAUAUUUAGGCCCCCCAAAAAAAAUAGUGAUCCUAUAGAUAUUAAUUUAAGUGGGCUAAUAAGUUAUCUAAUAAGGUAUAGGGCCCAAAUGUGUAGAGACUCAUGGGCUUGACCUAAUCAAUGAUGGGCUGAUUAGGGUUAAGCACUCUCUAUAAAUAAGGGGUUAUGGUCCCUAGUUGAACACGUCAUUCAGUCUUUCUGCAUCCCAUCGCUAGAGAGAUAAUUCUCGAGGGUGUGUAUCAACUAGAAGACGAAAACCCUAGCCUCCGUCUCCCGGAUCUCUAAAGGUCAUCUUCAAUGGAGUCAGGUACGCUUCCGCUCAGUUAAUUCUCUAGAUAAUUUCAAUAUGAAGAUUAAAGUAUUAUCGGAUUUAUUCCAACAAUUGGUAUCAGAACCUCCUUCAUAUUGAAUUAUUUAGAGUAAGCUGAAGAUCGAAUCCUUAUGUUUUGAUCGAAUGUUUCUUAUUUUUCUCCGGAUCGACGAUUGGAGUCGGUGUCAGGUGUUUCUUUUCGACCUUUAAUAUGUUGAUUCAGUUUUGUUUUGUUUUUGUGAUUUGUGAAUCGAUCAGCACUGGUUUGAAUAUCUGAAUUUUUUAAUCUGCUGACUAAGUUUGAUUUGCGAUGGAAUUGUAUUUGUGUUUUCAUUGAUGUUCUCGUUUAUAGCGAUUGAAUUCAUAAAUAAAACCUACGGUAAAUGAGUUUGGCAGCCACAUCAUUAAAUUCCUUUUUUUAUUUUGUUUCGUUGCCUUAGCUUUUAGACUUAACUAAGACAAUAUGGAAUAAGCAUGUCCCAAUUCAGUAUAACUGUAUUGGGACUAUCAAACUUUUUGGGUUGCUUUACAUCAUGUUUUGAGUUCUUUUAUUGGAAUUGGCCAAUUUCCGUCGAUUGAUUUUUCUUACGCAAAAAAAAAUAUCAAAGUUGUUCAAUGUUCAAUACGAAGUAUUAAAGUUGGGUAAUGCUUAAUUGUUAAUUGAUUAUGACUUAUGAGAAUCGUGAAUGGUCCCUUCAAUUUUAAUCGGUAUUCAUAUUUGAAAAUUGGCAAAUUGAUAUACAUACGGAAGACCAAUUUACAUACGUAGUAUAUUUCCCUUUUGGUCUUGAGUCUUGACUAUUACGGAGUACUUUCUAAAUUUUGGAGGUUUUAGUUUUGGUAUUUUUAAGGAUUUGGUAAUUAAAUACUUGUAUGAGAUUACGGCGAAUGUCAGUUCUAUUGGAAUUGUAUAUUUGGAAAUAAAUUACUUUUGUUGGUGAUCAUGAUUUACAGUUUAAAAAUGUAUUAUGUGUUAUGAAAAUAUAAAUCCUGUUUUGCGACCAAACAAGCGUUUGUGUAUGGGUUUUACAAAUUAUCGUUAUACGUAAUACAUUUGCAUGUGAUUCAGAAAAUAAAAUCCCAAUUUUAUUUUUCAGACUUUCGAGUUAAUGUUAGCAUGUCUAAUAUUUGGGUUGAUUAAUUGACAUAACAUGCUGCCAA